CUUUACAACAUUAACUUCAACCAAGAAAACAUUGCAACAAUGAAAUUCACUUUGGCUUUGGUCUGUGCCCUUUUGGGUGUUGCUGCUGCUGAUGUCUCCCAUUUGAGUGGUGCCUAUGAUUAUCCUAAACAGGAUUCCGGUUACAGCUAUAAUGGACCAGCCCAACAAGAUGGUUAUCAUUAUGAUGCACCAGUUCAACCUCAGCAAACCUAUUUACCUCCUGCUCAACCCCAACAAACCUACUUGCCUCCUGCUGAACCUCAACAAACCUACUUGCCUCCUGCUGAACCUCAACAAACCUAUUUGCCUCCCGCUCAACCCCAACAAACCUACUUGCCCCCUGCCGAACCACAACAGAUCUACUUGCCCCCUGCUGAACCACAACAAACCUACUUGCCCCCUGCUGAACCACAACAAACCUACUUGCCUCCCGCUCAACCUCAACAAACUUACUUGCCCCCUGCUGAAGGUCUUGCUCAGGAUGGUUAUCAUUAUCGCGUUGUCAAACGUUAUCGUCUCAGAUCUCAUUAAAUAUUGAA